AUGGAUGACACGAGCGAAUCGACCACAGUGGCGGAUCAACCCACCCCUCACACUAAGGAUGACCCUCCGCCCGCUGACAUUGAACAGGCAGAGGAAAAUACCAGGCCAAAGUUGGGUUUACCAACGAGGGAAUUUGAUGACCAACAAGGUCCCACCAAGGAAGCCCUCGACCCCGAAGGGGCGACGGACAGGGCCACUUACACUGGCUGGACUCCCAACCAGUACUACUAUGAGCAUCCGUAUCCAUAUGGCACAAAUGCUUUCGAUGGUGGCAUGCCCUACUGCCCUGACGAUGGCAGCGGUCCCGACUUUCAAGGCAGGGCCCCUCAGGUCAGCGAGGUCUGCCAACGACUGAUGAAAACUCGAUUCUGUCGUUACGGUGCCAACUGCAAGUACGGAUCUAAUUGCUUUUACGCUCACAGCCAAGACGAACUUCGCCAGCGACCUCCCCCACCAGCGGGAUUCGCUCGUCAGAUGAGACAAGACUACGUCGACCCAGCGGCUUUCGACCCAGCAUUAAUGCAGUUCGCGCCUCCUAUGGGUCUGCCUUCUCAUAUUGGCCACUACCCCCUCACUGAGGUCCCUUAUGAUGUUAAUCCAUAUGGAUACGCUAUGAUACCAGGAGGAAACCCAAGUCCCCCGAUUGUGCAUCCCGGAGGAUUUCGCGUUCCGCCGGGAUUGAACCCGGGUGCCUAUCCCGUCCCACCCCAUAUGGACUUCCCGGCCCAUCAGUUCAACAAUAAUUCAGCCCCGCCGGCCGGCGUCCCCAACGGUCAGACCCCUCAGGGCGGUACAGUGCCUCAACAUGUUCUCCCAGCUCCUAACGAGAUGCUCCCUAACCCCUUCGCGGUAGCGGAGCGUAUCUUUGGCCAAGCCGGCCUCAAACCAGAGCAAAUUGCCAGUAUUCUGAAGGCAGCUCAGCCAGUGUCUUAUGGCGACUAA